AUGCAAGAACCUUCUGAAAGGAAGACGAAGAAGAAAGCUCAGAAGCUGGGAGAAACUUCUGUCUUUAGACCUCUUGUGCCUCUGGCUCGUGCCCUCUCCCCCCACAACCAACCUGAACCAGAAACAAAUAUUCCAUCACCGUCUCAACAACCACCACCACCUCCAUCUGAACUACACAUCGAAACUCCCACUGAAAACCCCAUCUCCCAUCAUUAUGAACCUCCCAUUGAAACCAUUUCCACACCACCAGAACCUACAUCCCCAACCUCUGAACUAGAACCCGCCUUUCCCACCCUGGAAGAAGCAGAACGCCUGGCCAGAGAGGCAGAAGAGAAGGCUAGAAGAGAAGCUAAAGAGAAGGCCCGUCUGGAGGAAGAACAAAGAGCAAGAGAAGCUGUAGAGAAGGCCGCUUCUGAGGAUGUUGUUGCUGCUGAAGCUGAAGACAAAGAAAAGGCUGAUGUUGAAGAAGCAGCACACAUAGCUGCAGAAGAAGCUGCCAAGGCAAGGAAUGACGCUCUGACUCAGGGGGAGCAAUCUCACUCUGACUUUGCUCCUCUAAUGUUGAAGAUUUUGGAAGAGCUACAGCAGGAGCAGCAGAUUUAUGACAAAAAGGUGGAGAAUACAAACAACUUUGAUGAAAUAAUAUCUAAGCCUGUUAAUGCAAUGCGCACAUUUAAAACUCUUAUGAAAUUCAAAGCCAUGCAGGAAGUAUCUAAGGUAAAAACUGGCUACUACGCAAGGAGAUUUGGUAAGAACAUCUAA